GUAACACAUUUUAACGUUUAGUCGGAAAUUGGUUUUGAAUCACAAAAGGUUAACGGCGAAGACAAAAUAUUUAUUGCAAUAAAUUUAAAAUCUUCGAAAUAUCGUGAAACCGCGCUUUAAUAAUACAAUAAAUUUAUUAUUUGAGUUUAUAAAAUAUGUGCAAGAAAACAAUUCCGAAACGAAUUUCAAAACAAUUUUGACCAAAAUUAAACAAAAAUGUACGCUUUUAAAAAGCUGCAUUACGCUUGCUUAGUUGCUCUUUAUGUGUUGUUAAUAACACAAAAAGUACACUCUGCGAAUCUAUUGACGAGUUACUUGCCAGUGUCUAUGCAAGCUCUGGCCUAUUACAUCGAUUACUUACAAUACGAACCGCUUUCUAUGACAACCGUUGAGCCACCAUUUAGCGCAAAUGAUGAAGAAGUCAAAGAAGACAAUCUAACUACAAGCACUACAACUACAACCACAAAACGACCUACAACGAGUACAUCAGGCUGGUGGCAACCACCUAGUUGGUGGCAUCCAACUACAACAACAGCCAAACCGACAGCACCACCAACACCUGCACAUAAACCAGGUGUUUUUGCGCCACCAAAUUCUCCCCGCUUAAAGCCCCCAAUGACGAAACUGGAGGGUUAUGCUUUAUUCGAUGAAAUUGGUGACAAUCCGGAAGCAUUCGAUAAGUUGCCUUUAGGUUUAAUACGUGAUAUACAAACCGAAACAGAGCAUGACGAAUUUACAAAUGAUGUAGAAUCCUUAGAUAACUUUUUACGGCUUUACGAUGACAACUACGGACGGGCAGCUUUUGAUAGUGAUACUGCUGUGGAUCGUUGGUCAGCAACAUCUACUGCUGGCAAAAAACGUGUUCCACCAACAAAACCCUACGUAGAAUUUCUACUUGUUUAUGACUUACUUAAGCGUGAUGCAAAGGCUGCCAAUCUGAGUAAAUACGAGGGUUAUUCUGAUGAGUUACUGGAGGAGUUGCAUAAAUUGUCGUUUGUAUCGGCGGAACGUCAACUAUAUACAAUGUUCAAGCGCAUGCUUGAUCGUCAGGAUAUACAACGUAGUGAUGUGGUUUCACGUAUUCAAGGCAUUGUGAAAGAUUUAGGAAACCCAAAUAGUGCUACCGCUAAAGCACUACGUUAUAUACCAGCAAUGACGUUUUUGCCUUGAUCUAUGUGCCAAAUUUUGUCUUUUACUAUAAAUUGCCCAUUUAAAUAAAUUGGUUUUUGAA